UGUUUUUUUUUUGUAAAAUUAUGUUGCUACUAUGGAUCAAAUUUGAGCAGAAAUAGUUAUUGAUGUAAAAACCAUGGUAAUACAAAAAUAUUGCAUUAUUACUGUUAAAAUAUUGCAUGAUCAGGAGACAAAAACCAAAGAAAAACCAUUAAAAAUUGCUAUAAUCAUGUAUCAAAAUAAAUGUACAAUAUAAUUAAUGUAGUCUAAAUGAUAAAAACACGUAAUAAUAGCUUGUAUAAAACAAAAAAACAAUAAAAGGUUAUUUUAAAAAUCGAUAAUACACAUUUGGAGCAAAUAAACAAGUAGUAAGCAUUAUUUGACAACAGGGGGCAGCAUCAAGCUCAUUGAACAAGACUAAGCAAGAGGAAGAAUAACAGCGGAAGUGACGCACUGAUUAUUCAAAAUAAUAGUCUAUCUGCUAUGUAGCCUUUUUGCCUCUUAAAAUCUUUAACAAAUGCUCUACUGGUUUAUUGAAAAUAGUAUAAUUAAGAUGUGACAGAUAUUUAAAAAAAACAAUUUUGUUUUGGAGAAUCCACCUGCAAAGCCACAGUUUUGCUGACAAAAUGAGCGACGUUGUGGAGAAAACGCUGACAGCUCUGCCGAGCCUUCUCUCUUUAGAUUCGCAGCCUGGCUCUGCAAAAUUGUCUUCCAACUCCAAACUUGGAAAUCUAAUCAGAGGAAUUACCGAGCUGACGUCCAAACAUGAAGAGGAGAAACUAAUUCAGCACGAACUGUCAUCUAUCAAAGAACAGGUGUCGUCUCCAAACACAACAAUGAGGCAGAUGAGGGAGCUGAUGGUGAGGGCAGUGUACUGUGAAAUGCUGGGGUACGAGGCUUCAUUCAGCUACAUUCAUGCCAUUAAACUGGCUCAACAAGGCAAUGUCCUCGAGAAGAGAGUCGGUUAUCUCGCUGUUUCGUUGUUUCUGAAUGAAAAUCAUGAGCUUCUUCUUCUACUUGUAAAUACUGUCUUAAAGGAUUUGCAGAGUACAAACCUCAUCGAGGUGUGUAUGGCUCUCACUGUUGUCUGCCAAAUAUUUCCUAAAGAUAUGAUCCCUGCAAUCCUUCCUAUAGUGGAAGAAAAACUUAAUCAUCCAAAAGAAAUUAUUCGAAGGAAAGCCGUCCUGGCUCUGCAUAAGUUCUACCUGAUUGCACCAAAUCAAGUCCAGCACAUCCACAACAAGUUCCGUAAAGCUCUGUGUGACAAGGACCCCGGUGUGAUGACUGCGUCCCUGCACAUCUACCUACAGCUUAUCCAGGAGAAUGCUGAAGCGUAUAAAGACUUGACAGCCAGUUUUGUCACCAUACUGAAGCAGGUCGUAGGAGGAAAGCUCCCCAUGGAUUUUAACUACCACAGCGUUCCGGCUCCGUGGCUUCAAAUCCAGCUUUUAAGAAUUCUUUCAUUACUUGGAAAAAACGACCAGAGAACAAGUGAGGUCAUGUAUGAAGUCCUGGAUGAGUCUUUGCGAAGAGCAGAGAUGAACCACAACAUCACCUAUGCAAUUUUAUAUGAAUGUGUAAAAUGUGUUUACACAAUCCAUCCUAAAUCUGAGCUGUUGGAAAAGGCUGCAACGUGCAUCGGUAACUUUGUUCUGUCACCAAAGAUAAACCUCAAGUAUUUAGGCCUCAAAGCCCUGACCUACGUGGUCCAGCAGGAUCCAAAACUUGCUUUGCAGCAUCAGAUGACUAUCAUCGAAUGCCUUGAUCACUCUGAUGUCAUUAUCAAACGAGAGACGCUGGAGUUGCUCUUUCGGAUCACGAAUGCCCAGAAUGUCACCGUCAUUGUGGAGAAGAUGCUGGAUUUUCUGCGCCUCAGUAAAGACGAUCACACAACUGUGGACCUUGCAGGGAAGGUCGCAGAACUCGCCGAAAAAUAUGCACCGGACAAUGAAUGGUUCAUCCAGACCAUGAACGCAGUGUUCUCACUGGGUGGAGACAUGAUGCAACCUGAAAUCCCAAAUGGUUUCCUUAAAUUGCUGUCUGAAGGGUUUGACAGCGAGGAGGAAGACAGAAAGUUGAGGCUUUUUGCUGUGAAUUCUUACAUUUCUCUGCUCCAAGGCGACCCCAGCAAACUGCCCCAGCGUUUCCUUCAAGUCAUCUGCUGGGUCCUGGGGGAGUAUUCGUACUUGAAGGACGAUCUGGACCCAGUGGUGGUCCUCAGGUUACUCGCCCAGCUGCUGGACAUGAAGGGCAGCAGCAGCGACACCAAGAGCUGGGUGUUGGUGGCAAUGACCAAGCUCUGUUGGAGUGAAACCGCCGUGUCUGUGGCUCAGCAGGUCGCUGAGACGUACAGCAGCUCUUUUGACACAACGCUCAGACAAAGAGCGCAGGAGCUGCAGCACCUCAGCCGGGACUCUCAGCUGCACUCCAGGGUGUUGCCUCCAGGGGGCAGCCUGGAGCCAGUGGAGGUUGAUUCCUCUCUUUCCUUUCUGGAUGGAUUCGUGUCGGAGGCGUUGUCUGCCGGCGCUGCUCCUUACAAACCCCUCCAUCAAAGGCAGGAGGAGCUGUCCCGGUCAAAAGCGCUGAGCCUGGAGCCCUACGGCCUGUCUCUGCCCAUCAGCACAUCCUCCUGCAGCAUCACAGACAGACAGUCUCCCACACUGCUGUCCACCAGCUCCGGUCUGUCAGGAGACAGCACCGACUUCUCCCACAGAGGAAGCUCUACAACUUUAAAGCUGGACGGGGUGAGGAGGGUCUGGGGAAGGGAGGGGUAUUUGGCACAGAAGGAGCCGGUAGAGGAAGUAGCCCAGGUUGAGAUUCCCAGUCCACUGCGAUCUCCGGGUCAGCAGGGAGAUGCUGACAGCUGUCACAGCAGGACUCCAACAGCCAACCCCGAGGGUGACAGAGAGAAGCAGCAGCUGGCCUCCUCGCUCUUCGGAGGACUUUCUUCUCAGAGCUCCGUGUGUCUGAUGGAAAAAUCUGAGCGGUUCGGAAGGAAAGCCAAAGGUCAGCGUGCGUCCUCCACUCCAAACGAGCAAAGAUCCGAUCCGUCCGUUUCCUCUUCCAGCGCUGUGGAUAACUUGCUGUGUAACAACCUCCUAGAGGAGAAUUCAGAACCCAUCGAUUCUUCAACCAAGCAGACAUUUCAGCAUCCUCAGAGCCUCCGUGUUCCAAACGGCGCUUGUGAUGCAGAGGCGAUUAUAAGCGACGACGAUACGAAGGGAAGAAACCGCCCUGUCAGCCCUGAGGAGCACGUGGAAGGAGAUGAUUUUCCUCCAUGUGAAGACAAAUCUAAAGACCUCAGUCUGACAGCACACCUCCCUGCAGAACUUUCUGGGUUUUCACACUCAGAAAUAAUUCCUUUGUGUUCCAACCGAAGCCUGGAUCUUUCUGCCUGUCAUGUGCAAACAGACAACACUGUAGUUCUGGUUGUUUUUGUUACAAACUCCUCAGAAGACGCCAACCUCCAGAUACAAGUGUUGAGUGAGGAACUUGAGGUGUGCUGUCCGUGUGAAAGUCCUGUGGAGGAAGUAAGAGGUCAUAGUGUGUCGGUGCGUCAGUAUUCUUUAACUGUAAAAAGGCCUCUGGUUCACUUUGAGCUGGUCGGGAGGUUAUCUUACUCUGCUGCUGGGACGCUACAGUCAAUGCAAUUCUCAUACAAACUUCCUCUAACAAGCUUCAUCAGACCUUUGACGGUGUCGACUGAGGAAUACGGGUCCAUGUGGUUGGCCUUCUCCCACGACACAAAGCAGAACCUGACACUGAUGAAAGAGGAGCAGGAGCCCCUCAGCGCCACUCUGAAUGCACUGAAGAAGAAGCUCUCGCUUCACGUUGUAGAAAUCAUAGGUGUGGAGGGUCUGGUAGCUUGCAGCCUCCUGCAGGAUCAGCCCUGUCUCAUGCACUGCCGCGUGCACGCCGGCAGGCUGGCCGUGUGGCUGCGUUCGCCGGUGGCAGACCUCCCUGACUGCCUGCUGUACCACUGUCAGAGAGCUUUGCAGGAACACUGACUCCGCCCCCCAGCUGCAACACCACCAAGCCCUCAGCCACAGAACAGAAAGCACCGAUGAAGGACGUUUCCAAACACAACAUGGAUCUAAGAGCUAAGAAGUGUUUGCUUUUAUUUCAAAUCUCUUCAUAUGAUAUUGGUUGAUAAUUUAAAAAAAACUGUAGACAAUAACAUCAGAGCAGGUAAUAGUCUCAGGGCUGAAAAGAAAAACUUUUUUUCCUAAAUAGUAAAUAGGGCUUCAUAAGUACUUAAAGACUGACUUUAAUUUUAUUUCAUUUUUAUUUAUAUUUUAUGUCAUUUCUGGUAUUUGUUCUGUUCACUUGUCACUUUUUUCUUAAAAGGAUAUGAAAGAGAUUCACCAAGUUUUCUUUUUUUUAAUUUACAAACUAACAAAAUUAAACAUUUUUGAGGAAUUUAAUUAAAAAUUCAGGUGAUAUGGAAA